AUGGCCUCAUCCAUGAUUGUUCUUAUCACUGGCGGUAAUAGUGGAAUUGGUUACGAGACUGUGAAAGCCUUCUACGAGUCCGACAAGGCAUAUCGUAUUUUAAUGGGUAGUCGAUCCUCGGACAAAGCAAAGGCGGCUCUUGAACGACUCCACGAUGAGUGUCCCGGCGCUACCAAUACUAUCGAAGCUUUGGAACUUGAUAUCUCCAGAGAUGAGUCUAUCGACAAAGCAUUCGCCAAAGUUCAAACUGAUCUCGGGUAUAUUGAUGCCCUGGUCAACAAUGCCGGUAAGUGA